GAUUGGAUCGCCCGCUAGUUAUGCUCGUAGACGCGAGCGCUGAUUGGCUAGUGAUUACGUGAUGCAGCAGGAUGUUGCUUGGCGCUAGGUGAUGAGGGAGUGUGGAGGGGCUUGAGUCGCCGGUAACCGGGAGAUAGGGAGGGUAUGGCGGCGGCUGCCGCCGCUCCCUCUGCGGCUCCCGCUGUGCCUCCUCCACCGCCUCCUGCUUCGGGCUCAGGAAGAUUACCAAGCCGUGUGCUGGAGCUGGUAUUCUCCUACCUGGAGCUGUCAGACCUCCGGAGCUGCGGCCUGGUGUGUAAGCAUUGGCAUCGCUGCCUGCACGGGGACGAGAAUAACGACGUGUGGAGGAGCCUGUGCCUGCGGACGGUCAGCGAGGAAGCCCAGCGCACCGACGUGCUCUGCAACCUGCCCACGUACAAGGUCCGAGCCAUCCAGCAUGGAUUCAGCUCCAAUGACUGCUCUAGGAAUGUGUACAUCAAGAAGAAUGGUUUUACUCUGCAUCGGAAUCCAAUUGCUCAGAGCACUGAUGGGGCACGCACCAAAAUUGGCUUUAGCGAGGGGCGUCAUGCCUGGGAAGUAUGGUGGGAAGGUCCGCUUGGCACAGUGGCAGUAAUUGGUAUUGCGACAAAACGGGCUCCCAUGCAGUGCCAGGGUUAUGUGGCGCUCCUUGGCAGUGAUGACCAGAGUUGGGGCUGGAACCUAGUUGAUAAUAAUCUGUUGCACAAUGGAGAAGUGAAUGGAAGUUUUCCUCAGUGCAAUAAUGCCCCCAAGUAUCAGAUAGGUGAAAGGAUCAGAGUCAUCUUGGAUAUGGAAGACAAGACCUUGGCCUUUGAGCGCGGCUAUGAGUUUUUAGGAGUGGCAUUUAGGGGACUUCCAAAGACCUGUCUAUAUCCAGCAGUUUCAGCCGUCUAUGGAAACACAGAAGUGACAUUGGUCUACUUAGGGAAGCCACUGGAUGGGUGAUGCAUCUCCAGAAGUUGGCUGUGGCCAGACAGGAGGGGCUGUGCAUGCAAUGGAGCAGAAGGCACAACCUGCUCUGCGGGUACCCACAGGACAGAAGUGACCAGGGGAUCAUCCUCCUUACGUUCCAGCUAAUCUCCUGUGAUCGCUGAGUCUGUGGGUUGUUGCUGUGUGUAUGGCGAUUAUGGGUUUAUUUUUUAUCCCAGUUGUUGUUGUGUCGGUUUGGUGAUUGUGCAAUGGAAACCAGUGUCUUUAGCUAAUGGAUGCAGAGAUGAGGGGAGCAAAGUAUAUCGCCCCUUCUUUCCGGAGAGGGACUUUUUUAUGGUGUUGUAUGGUCUCUCCAUUUAUUAUGCCCUAGCCGUAGUAUCUGGCAUAAGGGUAUAUGAUGGGUUUUAUCCAUGCCUCUCUUUUUAAGCCUUCAUUACUUGGUAUCUCUAGGGUACUUUUUAUUUUAUUUUAUUUUUCUCCGAUGGCUCACUCAGGUCUUAUUAUUUUUUUAUAUAUUAUUUUUUUUUAAUUAAAGGGAAGGUAUGAUUUUUAACAUUUUAUCACUGACUAUUUGAAAUGAUUUUUAAGGAACAUUCCAGGCGACUGUCAGUGUUAUGUAGAAUGCAAGGUCUGGGGGAGGUCAGGCAUUCAUCACCCCUUGCACCAGGCAUAACACAGUGUAUCUGUUUUUGCCCCGCAUGUUCCUUUUAAUGCAUGCCACAUGUAAAGUACAGCUUGAAGAAGAAUGCAUUUUAACUGUUACAGCGGUAUGUUGGGACUAUUUGGUUAACUAGAUCAGACAGAAGGAUUGUAAAAGGAUUUUUUAAUUUUUUUUCUUGGUAAUCUAAAUCACUGCCUUUAGUAAUCUCUACAAUUAUGUAAAAUCAUAACUGUCAUGAUCGAGAGUCUUUCUGCCAUGGAGACUAUUAUAAUCUACAUUGUGUUUUUCUUGACCGCCCAUUGUGGAUAUGCCCUGGAAACUGUUAUCUGGCAAUGAUAUCAUUGGAUGGGUUGUGUAUUUCUACUGGGUGGCUCAUAAGCAGUGUUUCCUAACACCGUUGUUCAAGACUUGGAAUAUUAUAAAGUCUUAGGUUUAUAUGUAUAUAUUUUGCAGCAAGAAAUGGCAUUAAUCCAUGUCUUUAUUUCCUGACAAUCGCACAUUGGUGUACGGCCGGUGUCCACCUCUGCAAUCUAUUAAUUUGUCCAUUGCAACCAAAAUAAAAAUGAGGCGACUUUUACAAAUCUUGAUUAUCCUCCCAUCUUGCGUAUACAGCUCUUAAGCAGGCCAUGCACUUCCAGUAGCCCCCCCUCCCCCCAAUACCCAUGCAGGGAUAACAGGGGGUAAGCAACUGCCAGACACCUCUGGUAGUGACUUAUCUUCCCUAACAACAAAAGGAUUUGGGAAUGUUGAAAUCCAAAAUGCCAUACAUGCUGGCUGGCGGCCAGAACAAAAACUGCUGCAUGCAAUGGUUUUUGUCAGGCCGAAGCCUGGCACUUGGGCUAGAAAGCAGCCAGAUCACUGCUGGAUCCCAUUGUAGUCAAUAGGGAUUUGCCAGUGAUCACAGCAUCCAGAGGUUGCUGUUCAGACACACCUGAGCAUAUGUCCUUCAUAGGUUGGCCAGACAUCCGGCUUUCUGACGCCCUGUCCUCCGUUUGGUGCAGGGCCUGUAUGAACGCAGGUAUGUCCUUUUUAACAGCUUGGACCGCAGCACUGUGCUGUCUGAGCCUGAGCUGCAAAGAUGGUCACCCUCCCACCCCUCGCAGCUGACCCGAAGUCUAUAUAUUAUUAUUUAUUUAUUCUUCUCUAAUCUCCGUUGGCUGCGGUGGGCAGGGAGGGGUUUCAUGGCCUAACGGAGUCAGGGCGUGGCUUAGCGAAGGUGGGGUUGUUAAGUCUGGCUUUUGAUGGUGGUCUGAAUGGCCACCCUAGUCCUUCAGGAGAUUUGAGCUACUUUAAUCUUUUUUUCCCCACAAAAAUCAGAAAGAGGGGAGCGAGGUGCACAGGGAAUGCCCACUGAGCUCUGAACUUGCAGCUUGACAAGCAGGUGUCUUAAUGAAAGCUGGUUUUGACAAAGGCAAAACUGAUCUUGACCGUCAGCCUUUUUGUUGAGCUUGCAUUGGAUAGCUUAGAUUUUCCUAUGCUCGUUUGGUGACACUAAACCUAGAAAUUAAUGCUAAAAGCAAACAAACAUAGCUGCCUGACAAUUUGGCAGCCGGCGCCAUUUUCUGCAGGAUCCUGAAACAAAACAAUUGUGCACAAAACACGAGGGUUGAUCUCCUGCUGAUCUGUUCAGUGUUCCUCUAAUGGACGAGGCUGAACAGUCUUUGACUAUUACAGAUAGGGCUCCUGCUGUAGCCAGUUGUCUUGCAUCCUUACACAGGACGGUAAGGAGGGGGGGAGGGACAUAGAAAAUAUUUCAUCUUAUUUUUUUUUAUAAUUUUUUUGCUUUUAAUUGUAAUACGAGACAGAAAAGGAUCUAAAGAGAAAGCAGUGCAUUGUCUGUGUUCCUUUUAAAUGGGCGGUCCAGGAAUAGAAACCCUGUUGCUUUCUUUAAAAAAUAAAAUAAAAAUCUUCUUCCCACAGGUUGUGUAUGGUAUAGCAGCCCUGCUUCAUUAGCUUUUGUAGAGCUGGCCUGCAAUACCAUACACAAUCUGUGGGCAGGUGUGGUACUGCUCCUGGAAGGAAGCAGGUAUGCAAUUCUAAUCCUGAACAACCCCUUUAAAGGCUAUGUCUUCCCUCAUUAUUUUUUUUAUUCUUAUUCUUUCCUUGAAAAUGAAGCAACUUUGCAUUAUGUUUUAAUGAUAAAUGUGCUACAGAUUGGUUUCUACAGCUUGUAUUUAUCUCCAUAGUAACAGACAACAAACAUACUCUGUGUAGUCAGAUCCUAAAGUCCUGUUUAUUUUUCUUUGUCGUCUUCUGUGCUUGGACUUUUCGGUGCAAGAAGCUCGCUGAGUGUGGCAGUUGGUGUUCCUGUUCUGAACUCCGCUCCUCUGACAGGAUAGCAGUCACUGUGCGUUAAUGGCCUUUGGGGCUAGCUGGAUAUCUGCUUUGGGCAAGAACCUGUUUAUAAUUGUAAGAAGUAUUUAAAUAAUUAUAUAAAAGCCACCCAUGAAACCAUGGGACCAGCUUCAAUGCUUGUGUUGCCUGCAUCCUGGUAACUUGUGGGAUUUACACCCUGUCCCCUGCAAUUUAAAAUAUUUUAUUCAACCUUCAUCCCAAAUGGUUUUAAUAGUAUUCAGUUUUCAAGGAUAUUCAGGGAACGUCCCAUGGACCG